AACAGAGGUCAAUCCACGUGACUACAAAAAAAAAUCAAAAUAGUAAUUUCACAAGUAUAGGGUCUUGGCAGCCCAUGAUGUCAGGUAAUCAAUCAAAACGUUUCAAAUGACACAAGACAAAGCAACGGUACAGUUAGCCAAACAGUUCGAUACACAGAGAGUAGGCAUCGGUGAUAGGCGUGCCAAACCCAAUGUUGUACUGCGUGUAUACCAUGCGAAGCACAUGGCAGAUAUGAUACCAAUGGCUUCUACAGAUACUAUGGAAAACAGAUAUAUAGAAAACCAUUGUACCAACACAGUUAACCACUUAUCAACGCUAUCAUCACGUAAAUACCAAGAAGCAGCUGAGAUAUCUGGAAGAGUAACAACAGCACAGAGUAUGUGA